UAACAUUUUACUUUUACAUAUAUACCUGUAUAAGUCUACUUAUAUAGCAAUAUGCAGCAUACAUAUUAUCUCAAUUUACACUUUCAAACUUAUAAUUUUUGAUUUUACAAAGUUGUACGUAUACCAUGCGUCGUACGACAAUUCUUUUGUUCGCAAUAUUGCAUUUAUCGGAUAAAUUGAUACGUAAAAUUCGCCAACCCCUUUCAUAUAACCCCGUCAUUAUGCGCAGACGUUUUAUACACGCAAGCGCGAUACACUGUCUGCCUUUACUGCAGAGAGAGACCAUUCAUUAUCAAAUACAUCCGUUCAGUAAUGCUUGAGCUUCUGGCCCCGACUGACCAUAUGUUAUGCGUAUACCCGAAAUACGCAAACGCUAUUAGCGAAAGUAACAGAAAUUCUCAGCGCUGAGAAAAAUACGAAACGAAUGCCAAAAUCGUAAUCGACAAUUCAACUGCGUUUUAAUAAAGUUAACUAAUAAAUUAAAAUAGAGUAAAAUAGAGUAAAAACGUUAAAUGCAGCCAAUCACGGAAGGCACAUCAAAAACAAAGAAAAACGAAGAUGAUUUCAAUUACGCAGUGCAAGUGAUUCGCGUUAUCAUGCGAAUGAUCGGAGCGUGGCCGAUUUCCAGUUAUGCUUCCAACGUGGAAAGAUUCGCGAUCCGUUUACAAAACAUCAUUUGCCAAUUUUUAUUCGCGUUUGUCAUCGUGCCGACUCUCCUGCUGAUAUUUUUAAAAGAACGCGAUUUCAAACGUAGAGUGAGACUACUCGGGCCGCUUUUAAAUUGUUUGAUGGGUUGGAUAAAGUACAACCUGCUCAUAUACCACAUGAGAGAGAUUCAAUCUUGCUUGAAGCAGGCGCGACAGGAUUGGAGGGAUACAGUCGAUUGGGGAGAUCGUAAAGCGAUGCUAUCUAAGGCGAAAAUAGGCCGCAGGUUCGCGAUUUUUUCUGCCGCCUUUAUGUACAUCGGCGGAUUGUCUUAUCGCACUCUCGUGCCUCUUUCGAAAGGACGAAUGCUCACGCCGAUGAACACUACGGUGAGAGCGUUGGCAUGCCCGAGCUACUUCGUCAAGUUCGAUGAACAGGCCACACCGGCAUACGAAAUUGUCUUUACCCUGCAAUUCUUCUCAGGGCUGCUCACUUAUUCGGUAACGGUCGGCGCUGCCGGAUUGGCAGCAUUUUUUGUCUUGCACGUUUGCGGACAGCUACAACUUUUAAUCGGCAAGUUUCAACGUCUCAAUGACAUGUCAGAACCAAACGAUCGAUCUGUCGCUAUACUGUUCGCUGAUAUCGUGGAGCAUCAGAUAAAAGUGAAAAAUUUCCUAAAAGAAGUAGAGAAAACUAUGCGAUACGUAUUAUUAGUGGAAAUAAUGGGCAGUACUAUACUUUUAUGUCUUGUGGGAUACUACGUUAUUUUGGAAUGGGAAACUAGCGAUUCUACAGCUACGUUAACUAUGUUUGUAAUCUUUACAUCUUUCGUCAUUUCCAUUUUUAUUAAUUGCUACGUUGGUCAAUUGCUGACAGAUCAGAGCAUCAAGUUUGGUUCAGUGACGUCCACGACAAAUUGGCAUCGUCUUCCUUAUAAAAGAGCCCGUACUUUGAUCUUAAUAAUGGCGGUUUCCAAUAUUCCGGCAAAAAUUUCGGCAGGAAAGAUAAUGGAAAUGUCUCUACCUACGUUUGGUACUGUAAGUAUGAAAGCUUAUAUUAUUACAAUUUGCUGUAUGAAAUUACAUACACUAUUAUUUCGUUAUUUCAUAGAUCGUUAAAACGUCGAUGGCAUAUUUUAAUCUGCUCCGAAAAUUUAUAUGAUUUUAAUGCUAUAACUAUUAUAACAAUGCUAAUAUUUGAAUACGCAUGUAUGAUUGAUCCUACUUUUGAUACGAAUGGAUGAGAUAAACCUUCAAUACUUCUUAUUUUAAUGUUAAUCUUUCCUUUCUCUUAAGAGAGAUUUUAUGAAAAAUCAAGAAAGGCUAAACAACAAUUUUCCAAUAUAUUUUAUAUUUAUUUAAGAUAUUUUAUUUUUAAAUUAACUAUUACAAAACGUUAAUUGUUGACUUAAUUUACAAUUCUCGUAGUUUUGUUAAUUAAACUUUCUCAUAAUAUAUAACUUGUAACUCAAUACGAUGCAGAUCGCUCGCUUUUACUAAAAGCAAUUCCGUUUAAAUCGAUUUUAUCCAGUAAUUAUUUCCUAUAGACAAAAACAGCGUACAUAAUCUUUGUACUAAACUUUUAAUUGCGCUGCGACAGAAUCAUCGCUCUGACAAAUAUCGUGCAAACAUAAUGCAAACUAAUUUCAUUACAUCUUCUAUCAAUUACAAUCGUGCGACCGUGAGCAAGUGUCCAGCAAGAAUCGGUUUUCCCCUCUUUUUAAUGGUAUAUAUGCCAUUAUCAAACGGAUAAAUCUACGGAACUUCAAUCACGAGGAUAACAUGAGGUGUACUUGUAAGAUCCUAUAUUGGAUUUAAUCAAAGUAUGGUCGAAUCUGAAAAAACACCUGAGGAAAUGGACGAGACUUCCAAGAAAAACUUCUGAGACUAUUUGCUGUACUUCGACCUAAUACUGUAAGUACUAUACAUAUUUUCGAUUAUGAAUGAAUCUAAAAAUGUUUCAUGAUGAAAAACGGAUUUUAUUUGUGAUAUAUUUGAUUAAGUGUUUAUUUAGUGUAAACAUUUAAUUUACAGAAAAGCUAAUAAUUUAUUCCUCAAAUAUAGAAUAUAUAUUUCCUAUUGAAUAUUAUUGUAGGAUAUAUAUUUACACGUAUUUAAAAUAAGUAUAUAUUCUAAUGACUGUUAUAGUUUAUAUUGAUGAAUACAAUAUACAUCAGAGAAAUAAUUUCUUUUUGUUGUUUACUUGUUAGUCAAAUACUGUAUAUUUUUCAAUGGGAUUUUGAAUAACGCGCAAAAGCUUAAUUUAUUAUAUCUUCUAUCAAAAAAUAAUAUUUAAUACCAUGAAACAAUUUGCAACAUUUUUUAUAAUAAUCUUGUGAUAAUGAAUAAAAAUCGUACAUGACACGCAUGGAGAAGAAAAAAAAUGUAAUAAAUAUAAGUCUAAUUAAUAAAAAAAUAUAUUUACUAAAAUACAUAUCUAAAAAAAAAAACAAUUUUUCGUAUAUUUGUAUCUAAAAUAUAGUUUUGAAACUAUGCACACAUUAUUACGCGAUAUAAAAUUCAGUCGAAACUAUUGAAAAAUUGGAUCCAUAACUUUAUGUCGCGUUUACAGUAUUGGUACAUAAAAUAUGAACAUAUAUUGUAAUAUUUUACUUAUGUAUAUAAUAAUGUACUUACAUGAG